UCAGUUGAAUUCCAAUGCUGAGCUCUGCACUGUGACACUGGUACAUGAAGGAAUGGCAGAUAGUCAUGCUGCGCUUAAUGAAGGAGAAGAGAAUGAAAUGGCUAUAUUUGGAUACAAAUCGGAGUGGUGGAAAAAAGCUCUUUGUAUUUUGUUUUACAUCAUUUCUAUAGGACUCCUUAAAUUGCUCUUUUAUUGGAAGCCAGAGCUGGAUGUUUGGUGUCACUGUGUCCCAUGUAAUUUGGCAGUUGCUGACACAGUCUUGCUACAAACAACUGGAGAACAUAAAUACUACUUGAAGAAGUUGGUGAUUCAGGUCAGACUUAAAAGAACAAUGAAAUCUGGGUACCCGAAUAUAAGUGAUGGCAAUUCAGUCAUACACAAAUCUAUAAUGGAGCCAGAAGGCAAGGUGAGAUACAUACAAGUCCAAAAAAUCAGAUAUGUCUUGAUCCCCUCUGAGGGCAAGUUUAUGAAAACUGGUGUUCUGGAGGAAAGCCUCUCUUGCUCAGACAUACAUUCAAAAUAUGGUUUUGGCCUAAGUAAAGAAGAACAGGAACUCAGACGACAAAUUUGUGGACUAAACACAAUUACAGUGAAGAUCACUCCAGUUUGGACUCUACUGACGAAAGAGGUGUUCAACCCAUUCUAUGUGUUCCAACUUUACUCUUUUGGUGUGUGGAUAGCUACACAAUACAUUGAAUUUAGCUUAGCUAUUCUACUUUUGACCAUCGUGUCUAUUUCUGCAACCGUAUAUAAUUUAAGAAUGCAAUCAGUCAAGCUGAACAGAAUGUCAACAUCCUAUAACAGCAUUUUGGUUUCAGUACUUCAUAAGAAUGGAGAGCUUGAAGAAGUACAGUCUCAGUCUUUGGUUCCUGGUGAUGUCAUUGUUUUGAGUGGAAACAAGCUUUUCUUACCAUGUGACGCCAUUUUAAUCAGUGGAGGGUGCACUGUGAAUGAAGCAAUGUUAACUGGUGAAAGUAUUCCUGUGACAAAGACACCACUCCCAAACAUUAAAAACUCCAUUCCCUGGAUGGCACAUAGUGGUGAGGACUACAAAAAACAUGUUCUUUAUUGUGGGACUGAGGUCAUCCAGGCUAAAAGAAACAAUCAAGAUCUUGUAAAAGCUGUUGUCCUACAAACUGGAUUCAAUACAGCAAAGGGAGAUCUAGUAAGAGCCAUUCUAUAUAACAAACCAGUGGAUAUUAAACUACAUAGAGAGGCCAUUAGGUUUCUCAUGUUUCUUUUGAUUUUUGCUAUAUUUACUGUUGCCUAUACUGUAGCAGUGCUCAAAAUUAAUGGGGCCAAUGUUCAUGACAUUGUUUUAAUGUCAUUUCUGGCAAUAACAAUUGCUGUAAACCCAGCACUCCCAGCAUCUCUUACAUUUUGUCUUCUGUGUGGUCAAACAAGGCUGAAGAAACUGGGAAUCUUCUGUAUCAGUCCUCAAAGGAUCAACUUAGCUGGGCAGCUGAAUCUUGUAUGCUUUGAUAAGACUGGCACAUUGACGGAAGACGUCUUGGAUUUGUAUGGGGUUCUUCCAUGUGAGAAAAGCCGUUUUCAGGAUAUAAUAUUUUUCAAGCCAUCUAAUAAUCUUUGUUGGUGCCCAAUACUUCAAGCAAUGACAAGUUGUCACUCACUUAUCACAUUGGAUGGGAAGUUACAGGGAGAUCCAUUGGAUAUAAAGAUGUUUGGUGGAACAGGUUGGAAACUUGAAGACCUUAAGGUGGAAAUGAAUGAUGAUCCAGUAGAUAACUGCACAGUUGUAAAACCUGGACCUACUGCUACAGAGGUACCGGUGGAAGGAAUUCAGAUUUUGCAACAGUUCCCAUUCUCCUCCAGUUUACAGCGCAUGUCUGUAAUUGCUCAAGUUAUUGGAGAGAGUAACCAGACAGUGUUCAUGAAGGGGGCACCUGAAAUGGUUGUUCACUUUUGCAAACCAGAAACAAUUCCACACAGCUUCUCUGCAAAACUUGAUGACUACACUGUACAAGGCUUCCGAGUACUUGGCCUAGCAUAUCGAUCAUUUCAAAAAGGCCUAUCAAAGGUUUCUGAUAUAGACAGAGAAGAAGUGGAGUGUGACCUCACGUUUCUUGGCUUACUGAUCAUGGAAAAUCAACUCAAACCAGAAACAACUUCAGUACUGCAGGAACUCAGCGAAGCCAAUAUCAGGACUGUGAUGAUCACAGGUGAUAACCUACAGACAGCUGUGACAGUUGGUAAAAAAUCGGGAAUGAUUCCUUCCAACAGUAACAUAAUUAUGCUGGAAGCCUGUGAACCUGAGAAUGAUUUACCUGCUUCAAUUACUUGGAAAUCUUUAUCUGAAAAUCAAGAGGAUGAAAAUAAUUCAAAGGCUAAAGAGUCACAACGUUAUGUUGGAGAAAGACUGAUUAAUAACCCCACUACCUUGGGAAACUUUCACUUUGCAAUGAAUGGAACAUCAUAUCAAGUUUUAACUCAACAUUUUUCCAAUUUGCUUCCAACAGUCCUAUUAAAUGGAACAAUAUUUGCAAGAAUGACUCCAAAGCAAAAAUCAAGUCUUAUUGAAGAGCUUCAAAAAUUAGACUACUUUGUCGGUAUGUGUGGAGAUGGAGCCAAUGACUGUGGGGCACUUAAAAUGGCUCAUGUUGGAAUUUCACUGUCUGAAUUAGAAGCGUCUGUUGCUUCUCCAUUUACUUCCACAUUUCCAAGCAUUAAAUGCGUUCUGUCGCUCAUCAAGGAAGGUCGUAAUACUCUUGUAACAUCAUUCUCCCUCUUCAAAUUCUUGACCGUGCUUCCAAUAAUUAUAAUGGUUUGCAUGUUAAUCCUUUUUUGGAAACAAACACUGCUUGGAAACUACCAGUACCUCAUACAAGACUUGGGUAUUAACAUCACAGUUUUUCUGACUAUGAGUUUAAACCAUCCAUCCCCAAAGUUGGCACCUUACAGACCCUCGGGACAACUUCUCUCUCCUCCUUUAUUAUUCUCUGUUUUAAUGCAGCUCGUUUUUGCUGUGAUUGUUCAAACCACGGCAUGCCUCCUGCUUCAACAGCAGCCAUGGUUCAAUGAAACAGAUGUGUUCAGCGCAUGCCUUCCAUUAAACUACAGCACAGGAAAUAUUACAGUAAGAGAACAUAGAUAUGCCGAGAACUUUUUCACAACAACCAUGUUUCCUAUAACCACUUUCCAUCAAAUUGUUGCUGCAAUUGUGUUCGCCAAAGGAAAGCCAUUUCGACAGCCUUUAUAUACUAACUAUCUACUGUCAAUUGUGAUCACCCUGCUAACUGUCGUUGGUUUAUUUCUCCUUUUUGCUGAUAUUGACACAGUUUACACCGCUAUGGAGCUUGUCUGUACCCCAUAUAACUGGAGAGUGAACAUCUUGAUUAUGGUCAUUGUACUACUUAUUGUGUCAUAUAUUGCAGAGAUGUGGUUUCUUGAAAACAGAGAACUCUGGCUUUGGAUAAAGAAAUUGUUCAAGUACAAAUCAAAGAGCCAGUACAGAAAGAUGCAGAGGAGAAUGCAGAAAGACUCAGAGUGGCCUCCACAAAACAAAACAGACUAUGCUGUCCAAUAUGUCUCUGUAGAGGAUUCUAACAUUGCUGCCUGCAGUAGCACCCAUUGUAGCGCCACACCAAAUAUUGCAAAAUAUUCUAAACAAACAAUUAUAACUGUGCUGUGAAUGCAGAAAGUUUAAA